AUGGCUAAGCCACGUCAGAUCGCCGUUAACGGCGUUGACGUCAGUGACCAAAUUGAAAGCAAUUUAAAAGGCAGAUGCGCGGGAAAACCUGCUGUGACCGAGAGAUGUGCGGGAAAAACUUGCCUUAGUCAGCUACAUGAGAUCAUCAUCCUCUCUUCUCCUCUUUUCAUUCAUCAUUCUUGUCCACAAUGCAAUAGCCUCAGAUUCUCUCUUUUAACUUUUUGUUCAAACACCAACUACACAGCUGGUGAUGCCUUCUCUUCCAACUUAGACCAGUUAUUUUUCAUGCUAGCCACCAAAGGUCAACCAACCGGCUUCGCACUUGGCACAGUUGGUUACGGCCAGAACAAAGUCAACGGGCUCACACUCUGCCGUGGCGACGUCAAGCCUGCAGCAUGUGGAACAUGCAUCAGAAACUCUGCCACUCAACUACGUGAUCUAUGUCCUCUCAAGAAGAGCGCCAUCGUCUGGUUUGAUGACUGUCUUUUACGCUACUCGGACUUAGAAUUUUUCGGUGAGAUUGACAACAGUGAUACAUUCUAUAUGUGGAACGUUCAGAACGUGUCAGAUUAUUCGACGUUUAACAAUAAAGUUAAUGAACUUUUGAAUGAGAUUACACUGGUAGCUUAUGUUAAGCCAUCACUGUUUGCAACUGGAGAGAAGGAGAUAAAGAUUGGAGGAACGGAAGAGAAGCUUUAUGGUCUGGUUCAGUGUACAAGAGACCUUUCUGGGGAGGACUGCAAGAAGUGUUUGGAUGGUGCCAUUAGUCAACUUCCGAGCUGCUGUGAUGGUAAGAGGGGUGGAAGAGUAAUUGGUGGGAGUUGCAACUUUAGAUAUGAGUUGUACUCAUUCUAUGAUGUAUAAAUGUUAUAGUAUGAGAAUAUAUAUAUAUAUAUAUAUAUGAUGUAUAAUAACUAGGAUAUGUACUCUCUUUGGAAGAGGAGAGUAGGUAUUUCCUUCGCGCUUUCUCAAUGGGUUCUUGUGGUGUAUUCUAAUAAACAUUUGGCUUUGUUAA